GUUAACAUUAACAUCUACUGUCAAUGUCAAAAAUAUGAUUGAAAAGGUGAUAUUUGUAGUUUUCCUGUUGAUUCAACUAUGCCCUGCAAACAGGACGGGCUAUUGUGGAGAAGUCGACCUACGCAACGCAAGAGGCAUCAUGGAAAUAGAGUACCAUCCAUCGGUAUCUUCUAUUUAUUGCAACUGGACCAUCCAUUCUGGUCCUGAAACGAUAACUACACUAAAAAUCCUCCACAGCGAGACCACGUGGUGUUACAAACCCAACGAAUGCUGUCUUUUCAUCUCAAAUGGCAAAAGAAUGAUCAAGAGGCUUUGCAACGAAAAAAUAGACAAGCCUAAAGCCUUAUCAAUCAAACCAACAGCCCAAUAUACGUUGUCCUUGAAGCUAAGCACAAUAAUCUAGAGCUCAUUCUCACUUACAUGAUCAGAAACAGCUCGGAAUGUUCUUAUAGUGACUACCAAUGUAACGAUAAAAGCAAAUGUUACAAUGAAAGUGUUAUGUGUACGGAUAGCUUUAUCUGUCAAGAUUAUUCGCAUAAUUUGGGGUGUGGGCCAUGUCAAUUUAACGCUAGUUUGUGCGACACUACAUAUAGGGUUUGCUUCGAUGACACACAAAGAUGUGAUGGAAUGGUACAUUGUCCGAAAGGGGAAGAUGAAGUGAAUUGUACUGAUAAGUGCGUAGGUAAGGACAAGGAUUUAUCUCGGCAGUUUUCGAAUUUUCUCAAAGGGGGAAGAUGCAAUGUAGAAUAAAUG